GCCCCGCCCAGCCCCGGAGGCUCGCGCCCCGCGCCCCGACUGGCCCUGCGCGCCGCGCGGAGACCAGCGCGCGCCGUGGGCGGGGCAGGCGCCAGGGGGUGCGGGCCCCGCGGGCGGCCAUGGAGUGAGGCGGCGCGUGGACUCGCGCUCGGACGGACGGACGCACGGACGGGCGGCCCCGGGCUCCGCACGCUGGAAAAUGAACAGAGCAGAUUCACCCAAACCACCACUUGCUCCCAAGCCAAAGACUGCCAGUCCUCUCACGCCAGUAACGGCACCUAAAUUCCCCUCAGCCCGGCCUGAGAGUCUCCACAGUCCCAACUCCAUGUCUAGGGGGCCAAAACCCCCCAUCGCCCCAAAACCCAGGCUGGCUACCCCCAGCGAGUGGAGGGCCAGUGUCUACAUGAUCAACAGCUUGAACAAAUGCAGCAACGGGAAGCUGCCUUGUGUGGACAAAGGGCUCUGCGAGGAGCAGCGCUCCAACCCGGAAUGCUCCGAGUCCGAGGCGGACGAGGAUUACAUCCUGGCCCCUGGGGCUGUGCCCCAAGAGGAUGGACCCAGGGCUGGGGGCUCUGCAGAGGACAAAGUCUCGGUGCCUCUGGAGGCCAGUGGGGAGGAGACAGGCCAGGAAGGAGGCAAGGAGUGUGAGCAGGAGGGGAAAGCAACUGCAGAAGACUUGGUCAGCCCAGCUGAAGCGGUGCAGAGUGGAGAGAGUGAUGAAGACCUCAUGCCUGAGUUCGAGGGGGCAGAGGAGCAGAGGUUCAUGGCUGAGGAGGAAGCGAAGCUGGUAGAAGAAUACAGCGAGUGCAUCCUGGAGGAUGGGGGUCCUCGGGAUGGAGAGGCAGCCUUUCUGAGCAAUAUGUCGUUAUUGGACCUCCACGUAGAGGAUCCAGCAGCUCGUGAUGAGGAGCCCGGGACCCCUGGCGAGGCAGAGGAGGAUGGCGAGGAAAGCUGUGCCAACGCAGAACCUGGGGCGCUGGAUGCAUGCCUGGACUCCAACAGCCCCAUCGAGAGGGAUGCAGAAGAUGCCGCAGAGGAGCCCCUGGAAGAUGAGGGGUUGGUCACAGGUAUCCCAGAAGCAGAGGCGGCCACACUCAGCCCUGAAACCUCCUUGGAGGUGUGUGGAGAUACCCCAGGCAGUGGCGGCCAAGAUGCUGAUGAUGAGCCAUGUGACCCAGAAGAAACUGCAGCCCUGGCCCAGGAGGCAGGAGGAAACCCUGGAGGAGAUGAGGACGCCGUGCCAGAUGAAGCAGCAGAGGAGAGCUGCCAGAUCAUUCCUUUUGAGAGCGACUGUCUGGAUGACUUUGUGGCUCCACUCUCAGAAAGUCCCUAUGAGUUCUUCCCAACCGAGAGCACCUCCUUCUGCAGCGAAAGCUCCACUCCUCUUCCUGAGUCGGUGGAAGGCCCAGAGUCAGAGCAGGUACUGCAGUCGGGCCAGCAGGCAGAGCAGGACCCAGGGGCUGGGGCUGGCUGUGGCCAGCAUGGCUCCCGGCCCAGUGGUGCUGAGGAGAGGCCCUGUGUCCCCAAUGUGGUGGUCCUGUCAGAGGAUGAGGACGCUCUGGAUGAUGCACUCACCAACCCCUAUGAGAUGGGAGUGGGCCUGGUGUGCAGGGCAGACCAGGGGGAUGGGGCAAUGUUGGAGGCACAGGCUUCGUUGGAUGCACCCAGUGGCUAUGACGUGAAGGACGAAGUGAGCUCCGAUGCUGAGGGUGGCUCACUUCCCGUUGACAGGAAGAACGUCAUUGUGAGGGCCAGGCCCCACUCCGGGAAGGUAGCUGGCUAUGUCCCAGAAACUGUCCCAGAAGAAACAGGGCCAGAAGCUGGCUCAUCAGCAGUUGGUGUCGCAGGUGCCACCCAGGAGGCAAGGAAGACGGUCCUGCCAUUGGAGGGGAAGCCGCUAGACGUCAGCAGGGCCUUGCCCGCCAAGCCCAGAGCCUUCACUUUGUACCCUCGGUCAUUCUCCGUGGAAGGCCGAGAGAUUCCCAUGUCCCUGUACCGGGAGCCCGAGGCAUGCAGCCUAGACGACCACAGGAUCAAGAGGAAGGACGACAACCUCUCCCUGCCCUGUAUGAUUGGCUCCUCUGGCAGCUUCUCCCAGAGGGGCCACCUACCGUCAAGCGGCACCUCCACCCCAUCUUCUGUGGUCGACAUCCCACCCCCUUUUGACCUGGCCUGCAUCACCAAAAAGCCCAUCACGAAGAGCUCACCCUCGCUCCUGGUGGAGAGCGAGCCCCUGGACAAGCACAGCAAGAAGAAGAAGCCGUCCUUUAAACGGUUCCUGGCACUGACAUUUAAGAAGAAGACAGAUAGCAAGGUGCAUGUGGACGUCAACGUGUCCUCGUCCAGGUCUUCCUCAGAGUCCAGCUACCAUGGCCCAGCCCGGCUCCUGGAGAUGGACCGGAGGAGCCUCAGCAACUCGCCUCAACUCAGGGCGCGGACAGGCAAGCCCCGGGCUUGUGACUCGCCCUCCUCCCUCAUCUUCUACAGGGACGGCAAGAGGAAGGGCGUGCCCUUCAGCAGGACGGUGUCCAGGGUGGAGUCCUUCGAGGACCGCUCCCGGCCGCCCUUUCUGCCCCUGCCCCUGACCAAGCCGCGCUCCAUCUCUUUCCCCAACGCUGACACCUCGGACUACGAGAACAUUCCAGCCAUGAACUCGGACUAUGAAAACAUCCAGCUCCCACCCCGGAGGCCCGCAAGGGCCGGCACGUUUACAAAGCUGUUUGAAGAGCAGAGCAGAGCCCUGUCUGCGGCCAAUGAGAAUGAUGGCUACGUGGACAUGAGCAGCUUCAAUGCCUUUGAGAGCAAACCACAGAGUGCAGACCAGGAGGCAGAAAGCGCCUACACGGAGCCCUACAAGGUCUGCCCCAUCUCAGCAGCAGCCCCCAAGGAGGACCUCACGUCGGAUGACGAGCAAGGAAGCUCAGAGGAGGACACUGCUCCAAGAGACCCUAGCCUCACCCAAAAGGUGGAAGGACAGUCCAGAGCCCAUGUCAUCGCACAGGAACUGCUGUCUUCGGAGAAAGUAUACGUGGAGAUGCUCCAGCACUUACACUUGGAUUUCUAUGGAGCUGUCACGGGGGCCUUGGAUGAGACAGACCAAGAAGGCAAGGAUGUGCCAGCCAGGGAGGAGCUGAGACGUGGCCUGAGUGAACUCCCAGCCAUCCGCGACCUUCACCAGGGGAUCCUGGAGGAGCUGGAGGAGAGGUUGUUGCACUGGGAUGGCCAACAGAAGGUGGCUGAUGUCUUCCUGGCCCGGGAGCAAGGGUUUGACCACCACGCCACUCACAUCCUGCAGUUCGACAGGUCCCUGAGUCUGCUGAGUGAGAGCUGUCUCCACUGCCCCCGGCUCUCAGCUGCCGUCCGUGAAUUUGAGCAGAGUCAGCAAGGAGGCGGCCAGAACGUGAAGCACCAGCUGCUGAGGGUGGUUCAGCGCCUCUUCCAGUACCAAGUGCUCCUCACAGAUUAUUUAAACAACCUUUGCCCAGACUCAGCUGAGUACGAUGAUACGCAGGGUGCACUGAGCCUCAUCUCCAAAGUCACAGACCAUGCCAACGACAGCAUGGAGCAAGGGGAAAAUCUACAGAAGCUGGUCCACAUUGAGCACAGCGUUCGGGGCCAAGGGGACCUCUUCCAGCCAGGAAGGGAGUUUCUGAAGGAAGGGACACUGAUGAAAGUAACAGGGAAAAACAGACGCCCCCGGCACCUGUUCCUGAUGAGUGACGUGCUUCUGUACACGUAUCCCCAGAAGGAUGGCAAGUACCGGCUGAAGAACACCUUGGCGGUGGCCAGCAUGAAGGUCAGCCGCCCUGUGAUGGAGAAAGUGCCCUAUGCCCUGAAGAUCGAGACUUCUGAGUCCUGCCUGACUCUGUCUGCAAGCUCCUGUGCAGAAAGGGAUGAGUGGCACAGCUGUCUGAGCAGAGCCCUCCCUGAGGACUACAAGGCCCAGGCUCUGGCUGCCUUCCAGCACAGUGUGGAGAUACGGGAGAGGCUGGGGGUAAGCCUGGGGGAGAGGCCUCCCACCCUGGUGCCCGUCACACACGUUAUGAUGUGCAUGAACUGCGGCUGUGACUUCUCCCUCACCCUGAGGCGCCACCAUUGCCAUGCGUGUGGCAAGAUUGUUUGCCGGAACUGUUCGAGGAAUAAGUACCCCUUGAAGUACCUCAAGGACCGCAUGGCCAAGGUCUGUGAUGGCUGUUAUGCAGAGCUGAAGAAGAGGGGUGGGGACAUCCCAGGCCUGAUGAAAGAGCGGCCCGUGAGCAUGAGCUUCCCGCUGUCCUCCCCCCGCUUCUCGAGCAGCGCCUUCUCAUCAGUCUUCCACAGCAUCAACCCCUCGGCCUUUAAGAAGCAGAAGAAGGUCUCUUCGGCCCUGACAGAGGUGGCUGCCUCUGGAGAAGGCUGCACCAUCAGUGGCUACCUCAGCCGGUGUAAGAAGGGCAAGAGGCACUGGAAGAAGCUCUGGUUUGUCAUCAAGGGCAAAGUGCUCUACACCUACAUGGCCAGCGAGGACACAGCAGCCAUGGAGAGCAUACCCCUGCUAGGUUUCACCAUUGCUCCAGAAAAGGAGGAGGGCAGCAGUGAAGUAGGACCUAUUUUUCACCUUUACCACAAGAAAACCCUAUUUUAUAGCUUCAAAGCAGAGGAUACCAAGUCAGCUCAGAGGUGGAUUGAGGCCAUGGAAGAUGCCAGUGUGUUAUAGCAGUUGCCAACCAUGUGGACUCAAAGUACACUCUUAGGUUGAUAUGUGGACCCUUCCAGAAGCCAGUCCGUGUCUCCGCUCGACCAGACACAUCUGGAUUCAGCACGGGGCCUGCCGUUUUUUGCUGUAACCCCGUUGCUUAACACCUUCACAGGUGGAACCCUUUAGGGAUAUUUAUGGACCUUUUCUGUCUUUGUGUUUUCCAUCCCCCACCCCCACCCCUGGCAUAAACUAUUUCCUUUUCCAGUAGCCAGUUGAAAUUUAGUAACGUGAAGACAUGGAACCAAUAGAAGAGUACAUUUUAGAAAAGCAGGCUUUUUAGUGGAAACAAGUUUUUAUGGUUUUUACUCCUGGUAAACGUGAUCACCUUUCAUAUUGCUGACGCCAGUGCCUCAGGUGAAAUGAGAAACAACCGGUAACUAACAGCAACUCUCAUCAAAAGCACUUUAUUGUUUUACUGAGCAAGAACCUCCAGUUUUAUGUUUGCCAAGUGAUUUACUGAGGUCAACAGUAGAGGGCGUCCUGUGGACUAAUUGCCACCAGCGCUCAAGAGGGGCGUCCAUCCAGAUGGUUUGUGCAAACCCUUCUGUGGCUCCAGCAAGCACCAUGGAGACCAUCCUCCUUCUGGCUGCGCAGGAGCAGAAGGGAGGACUCGGUCCUACCAAUGGCUUGGCCUGUGGGCCACACGACUGCCUAAAGGAGUGGCUCCCCCUCCCCACAACGGCCCCAGCACCACACCUGUGCUGACAGAUCCGGCCUCCACCCUGGAGGUCACUGCACACCCUCCGAAGAGACAGGGUCUGCUUUAAUUUAUUGUGUGCCUUCCUGAGUUCACCCCAAGGUUAUGCUUAUGAGGAUUGUCCUUGCUUUCGACACAGUGAUCCUUCUGCUGUAUUAUUGAAGCCUUGAAAGAGAUAAAAAGAGAGAGAACAAGACAGAAUCAGAAGGUGAAUCUGUGGUCAUGGCCAGUGGCUCUGAACACAGGAAGGGAGCACAGAAGCAGUGGCUGAAGAUUCUUUCUGGGUUCCUGGGGCUCAGUCACCUUCCGCUGAGGACUGCUGCUCACAAUGCCAUACGUGUUUUUACAUGAAGCGGAGUGGUAGGGGGAUUCCUUGUUACUCUUGUCAAAAUAAAAAAACAAUCAUAGCAUUUUCUGAUGUCCUGUCCCCAUCUUUCUGCUGCCCUCUUCCCUAAAAAAGGCAUUUGCUGGAGUUUCCUUGUGGCGCAGCAGGUUAAGGAUAUGGCAUUGUCAGCGCAGCAGCUUGGAUUGCUGCUGUUGCACAGGUUCAAUCCCUGGCCCAGGAAUUUACACAUGCUGUGGAAGAGGCAAAAAAAAAAAGGCAGUUGCUAACAAACCUUUUGUAAAGAG